CAAAACAUUCGCGAUUAUUGUUUCUAUUUUAUAUUUCUAUUUGAUAAAUUUGAUUUCUAUUGAUAUCCAGCAAUAUCCAGAUUCUUUCAUUAUGUCUUCAAUAGAUUUUGACCCCGCUAUUAAGCUCUGUCUAAAACAUUUGCAUUCUAGUGCGCCAGAUUCUACGGAACAACUUCGUCUUACACUUGACGAUCUCAUCCGCCAAACGUAUGGAAGUUCGAAGACGCUCGGCAAUGUGCUCCCGAAGAAGUACUUGGCGGAGGAAAAGAUGGGUUCUCCCUCUAGAUCUAAGCAUAAAAGCGACAAGACAUCGAGCGUUAAGACUGUACCAGUGCCUCAACAGAGUCCCCAACAAAUCCAGAUUCCCGAGAGUGAGAAUGAUGAUGGAGAGCUGCCAUUCGACCUGCUAGACGAGGACCUGACGUGCGCCGUGUGCCGGCAGAUCGCCGUGCAGGCCGGCAACCGCCUGGUGGAGUGUGAUGCGUGCCAUGCGCUCUACCAUCAGGAUUGCCACAAGCCAGUGAUAAGUGACAAUGACAUGGGCACGGGCUGGCAGUGUGCACUAUGCCUCACUUCUCAAGGCUUUGUUGUAGCCGGUUAUUCCAACUCGAGCAAGUCCUCCCCAGCAUCUAAGUCUCCUACUCGAGUGUCGUCGGGCACAACCACCCCCGUGAAGAUCUCUUCAUCUAGUAGUUCAUCAUCAUCUUCAUCUAAAGUUGUCACUCCAAAUAUUAACAUCAUUUCGGCUGACAAAAGGUUGCAAAUAAUGAAGAAGAAAGCUGCUAAGCAACAAGAGAAAAAGAAACACAAAUGAUUGUAAUAAAAUUUAUGGAUUUAACUAAU